AUCAUGGAAUGAUGGGGGGGGGGAUCGGCGGAGGUUAGAGGUCCGGUGGAGAUACAAGUGCCAACCAUUGAAAUUCACCAUCCGACGAUCGGAGGAAACUAGCCCGUCAGCCCACGACAUCCUCAGCCCAACAGGUUUACGAAACCGCGAACAUCGGUUACCGAGACCCAACACGUCCACCGUACUCGCCCAAGUGCCAGGGACCAUGUUUUCUCACAGUUAAUUUAGGUUAGCCCGCAAAAUCAUCCCCGUCCUGUACGAAAUACAUCUCCCCUGGCACUCGCACUCAGCGACUUUCAAAGUAUUCGGAACGUAAGUUAUCCACGGGUAGGUUAUGUACGAGUAGGUGGGGCAUUCAAGCUCAUAACCCACAGGAAUGAUCGCAAGCAAAGUCCGCUGCGGCCAAGUCUAAGUUACGCACGAGUCGCGUAACGGACAUUUUCCCGGUUCCGAUUAUCGUACUUUAAAAAUAGCCGAGUUAUCGUACCCAUCUUAUCGGAUCGGGAGGAGGCUAAAUCCUUUUCGGGAGCUUUCUGACUCGGAAUCCGGGGAUUGCAGGGGGUGCCGGGGAUAAGUGGAUUUCAAGAAUUUUUUUUUGGGGGGGAUGCUAUCAUAGCUCAAUAAGUCCUACGCAGUCCCUGCUUAACAAUCCAAAAAAAACAUAUCAUACCAUUUCCGAAAACAGUUUAUUUCCUACUAAUACAGGUACUUUGACGAGGCCAGCUCCAAAAAGCAUCCCUCCCCCAUCUCACCCUAGCCAAAGGGGAAGAAGAUCACUGUAUCAUGGGAGCCCUUGCAGUUAUGGAAAACGGACAUGUUGCGAAACACCGCACCCUCAAAACAUCGCAUUGUGCAGCAUCUCUAGACUAUCAUCCCUACCUCCCCCACCACAAGUGCUCCCACCGUUUUUGGAGUAUUAUUGUUAUUAUUAUUAUUAUUACCCCGGUAUCGUACAUGCCGCCAAACGUGGUCCAGUAUCUAUAUUUUACCAUACUCUACUAAAACCUACCGCUCAUAUUGUCUGAAAGUCCCAGCGUAUCAUGCGAUAGUAUCAUAGGUUUUGGUGGUUGAUACAAGUGUGGUACCGUACUUGCACGAAAAAGCCAGCAUCACAAGCGGUGGGUGAUCGUUGUCGAGUUUAGUGAGGUUUAGGGACUUUUGCCAUCAGGCUACCGGGGGGGGAGAGAAAGCACGAUACACGAUCGCCACACCCGAACCUUUCCUAAUCCCGGAAUAUUCUACGAUACCACAGGGAACCAAAAAGCGACAAAUACAGACGAGGGAUAACGGCCGGAUACAGUACCGGACCACUUCAAACUCAUUAUUUCACCCUUUUAAGAAAUUGUGGGGGGAGAACGGUAAACAAGGAUGCUUGGAUGGAGUUAUCGGUAUUACGGUAAUCCCGCGGGAGGGCAAAAGGCAUAACCGGUAGUAGGCAAGUCCUCCACCAGCAAACCUGGUUUCAUCCCGCCAAAGAUCGAUGACCAUAUAACAUGCCGAAUCUCCUCUCUCCCGACUCGAAAUCGAUCCUUAAGAUACAACUUGGUCUGGACAACCUCAAGGAAGAAAAAAAAAUUCAAACAAAAUGGUUAUCAUCAACAAUAUACCCGUCGGCAAAACCGGCUAUGGGCUUCUGGGAUUCACCUGGAGACCCCACCAGACACCCGACGAACAGGCUUUUGCAGCAAUGAAGAAAGCCAUCGAGAAGGGCGCCCUCUGUUGGAACUCUGGCGAAUUCUACGGCACCCCGGACCCGACCCUCGGCCUCCAACUCCUGCACCGCUACUUCAAAAAGCACCCGGAGGACGCUACCAAAGUCGUCCUGAGCAUCAAGGGCAGCGUGGACAUCUCGACCCUCAAGCCCCUGGGAUCCCCCGCCGACGUGCGCAAGUCCGUGGAAAACACCCUGCGCAUCCUCGACGGUGUCAAGAAGGUCGACAUAUUCCAGUGCGCGCGGGUGGACCCCAAAACACCCGUGGAGGAGACCGUGGGCGCGCUGGCCGAGUGCGUGAAGGAGGGGAAGAUCGGGGGUAUUGGGCUCAGCGAGGUUGGCGCCGCCACGAUUCGCAGGGCCCACGCCGUGCAUCCCAUCGCAGCGGUCGAGGUCGAGUACUCGCUCUGGGCGACGGAGAUACGCACGAACGGCGUCGCCGGUGUCUGCGCCGAACUCGGUAUCCCCAUCGUCGCCUAUAGCCCGCUCGGGAAGGGGUUCUUGACGGGGGAGAUAAAGUCGCCGGACGAUCUCCCCAAGAAUGACUUCAGGAGGCACUUCAGUAGAUUCCAGCCCGAGAACUUUAAGGUCAACAUCGAGCUCGUGAAUAAGGUUGGCGGUCUUGCGAAGAAGAAGGGAUGCACGCCCGCGCAGUUGGCGAUGGAGUGGGUGCGGUACCAGAGUGGGAGGGAUGGGAUGCCGGAUUUGUUACCGAUUCCCGGGGCGACUGCUGCGGAGAGGGUUGAGGAGAAUUGUCAAGAGGUUGGUCUCACGGAGGAGGAGUACAUGGAGCUUGAGGGGAUAGUUGGGAGCACCCAGGUCUUGGGAGGGAGGUAUUUCGAAGCAGCUGAGUCUCUUUUGUUCGCCUAAGGCCUGUACGUAGGGCACGGCCAUGAGUAGCUGCUCCUAAAUAAUUUGCAUUGUACCCCAGUCACCUGGCAGAGCAUAGGUAGAAAUAAACACAUAUUCAUGUAAAA